UAUCCAUUUAUUUGUAAGCACACUGCUCUCUGCUAUCACCCUCCCCAUUCCAGAUCAGUUAUAAUUACUUUACAGACAACCCAAGGAGGAGCCAGCUGAUAAUGCAUAAACAUCAGCUGAAUCUGGGUGGUCUACAAGUCUUCGCUCCCAUUAUAAACCUGUACAAUUUUCUCCCAUUAUAAACCUGUACAAUAAGCAUAUUGUUGGAGUACAUUUCAAAAGGAGUUUUGGGAGUGUGUACCUGUGGAUAGUGGCCCAUGACAGGCUGCAGAACCCGCUCCAUGUCUUGGAUUGGGCAGCUCUGGUCGUAUGAAACACCCAAAGUAAUUGUGGUAAAGAAUCGUCGCCUGGGGACCAUCUAUAGGCUUUUACAACUUCUCAUCGUUGUGUACUUUGUCUGGUAUGUAUUUGUGGUACAGAAAGGGUAUCAGGCACAAGAGACAGGCCCGGAAAGUGCAGUCAUUACAAAAGUAAAAGGGGUCUCUACCUCCAAAGGCCCCAGAGGAAUAAAGAAGAUCUGGGAUGUAGCUGAGUAUGUGAAGCCUCCAGAGGGGGGCAGCGUUUUCACUAUUAUAACCAGGAUAGAGAGCACCAAGCUACAGACCAUGGGAACUUGCCCAGAGAGUAGGACUGUACCUAAUGCUUUGUGUGUCUCUGAUGAGGACUGUAACCGCGGAGAGAUGCAUAUACUGGGGAAUGGGGAGCAGACAGGACGCUGUAUCAUCGCUGGACGUGGAUCACUCAGAACAUGUGAGAUAUAUGCUUGGUGCCCCUUGGAAGAUGAAACAGCGAUCAGUGAAUCCCUCCAGGAUUACGUCCAGAACUUUACCAUAUUAAUUAAGAACAACAUCCAUUUCCCUCAGUUUGGAUUUUCCAAAGGAAACAUAGAGGGCCAGGGAUUCUUAAGGAACUGCACCUACCACCCAGUUCUAUCUCCUUCCUGUCCCAUAUUCACUGUGGGUUUCAUUGUGAGUGAGGCUGGAGCAAAUUUCACAGAGCUGGCAAAGAAGGGAGGAAUUAUUGGAGUGAUCAUCAAUUGGAAUUGUAACCUGGAUUUGCACCCUUCAAAAUGCCGGCCUGAGUACUCAUUCAGACGCCUUGAUUUGCAGAACAAAAUAUCUUCUGGAUAUAAUUACAGGUUUGCCAAGUAUUACAACAACAAUGGCACAGAGACCCGCACCCUUAUUAAAGUAUAUGGGAUCCGAAUUGAUGUAAUAGUGCACGGACAGGCUGGAAAGUUCAGUCUUAUUCCCACCAUCAUUAACCUGGCCACAGCCCUAACAUCCAUUGGUGUUGGAUCCGUGCUCUGUGACUGGAUUUUACUGACUUUCAUGAACAAGGACCGCACCUACAGCCUUCGGAAAUUUGAUGAGGUCUGGAAGUUGGAGGAUGGAAAUACAACAGCAGUCACCACCGUCAGCUCUUUGCAGGAGUCGUCUUGUAUCCCGGGAUCUCCUUGCACCCUUGAUGAGCCUGUUUACAAGGGCCCUGCAGUGGAAUUUACAAUCAUACAAGAUAGACUGGAGCAAGAGCAGCAAGAUGGUAUAUUUCCCCCACCAGGAAGCUGAUACUUUUAUUGCCCUUCUCUUAAGCCUGAAACUUCAGACCAUAUAAAUUAAGGCCAUUAGACAAAGCUCAUGUAUAUCUAUCGCCAGUAUAACUGUACAAACAGGAUGAGUGCAGAGCAGAGCAAGGGAAACCUUUAACAUUAUGUUGAAAUGGAGAGGAUUUUUCCCUAACGUUUAUUCUAGAUCUAUGUGAAACCAGCUCAAAGAAUUGGUAUUAAUCUUACACACAAGUCUUCUACCAAACCAAAGUUCUGCUGCAUUAGCAGACUACAGAAUGGCGCUAUGUGUAAGUGCAGUAUCAUGUCAAUGGUUAUUUGCUGAGUGGGACUGCACACCAACAGGCCAAAAAGAAGUCUGUAACUAAAGCAACCAGUGCAACAAGUGUCUGUAAGGCAGAUAGCUUCUAAUUUUCCCUCUCUCUGCUCUUUCUAUUAAAUUUAUGAUAACAUUUCUUGCACUUCUUUAUAUUUGUCCAUUUCUACCUAUCCUGCUAUAUUUUAUUUAGUUGCCCCCAUUGCACACAAGACUAUAAUUUACUGGGUUCACGGUAAAAUAUUAUUUACAGCCCGAAAACUCACUGAAGAUUAUGUUCCACGCAUAUAACAAAACUGCAUCGCUAUACUUUUGUUCCCCCAGCAAUAACAGUGCCUGCUGCCCCUGUCCCCCUGUCUCUUCUGGGCCCCCAUGUUCUAUUUUUUCCUUGUGCUUUUCUUUUAUUCUGCCCCUUUUUCGCAUUAGGUUUCAGUUAAAAUUAGAGCAUUAUCAGCCCUAAUUUGUCUCGGGUCUUGUUACACUUUCCACCCUUAUCUAUCAGUCCCUGUUUCAUUACACCAUCUACGACAGACAUCUCCCCUUUUCUUUUGUAUCUCCUUCUCUCAUCUAUCUUUUAUUCUUUACACUUUAUCAGUGAAAUCAGAACUCUGCUUAUCCCUUGGGAUCCAUUGGGGAAGUGGUGAGAAACGAUUUCUCUUAUAACAAGAUUUCACAAGUAAUUAUGGGAAAAAUUGGCUCCCGUGGUCUUUGUUUUACCUCCAUUAAAACCUCAUAUUCUUACUUCCCCCUCCUCCCGUCUGCUUCUCAUAUUACUCAGGAAACAAGGCAAGGUGCUUAACUUGGGCAUUAUCAGGGGAUUCUGAAAGUGCAAAGGAUUGUCCGUAAAUCAAUUAGGAACUACCUUGUGGUAUUAAAGUGCCUGUAAUAAACUUUCCUUCAAAAGUAAUAUGUCCAGUACUACUCAUGCACUACUCAUGCAGUGGUAACCUGCCUGUCUAAUUCUAGAUCCAUAAGUAGUAUCCAGAGAUUAAAGGACAUGUGAAGUCUAUUUCACUGAGGGGUGUCAAAAUAUUAGGUACUCCCCUCCCCCACUGUGAAAAAGAGUGCUAAGUUUUUUCCCCAGGCUGGUUCCCCUGUUAGGAGAGCACUACACCAGCCUGUGGAAAAAACUGUCUGAGUGCCGUAUCAGCAUCUCCUUACCUUACCUUCUCACUGCUUGAUGUUCUGCGCAGUAGAGUAAAUCUCGAGGGGUAUGCUCUACUCCGCAUGAGCAAACAGGAAUUCAUGCAGGGGGAUGGGACGCAGGUAAAAAAGUUCAUAAAAUGGCAAUGUGGCACUCAGACAGUUUUUUUCACAGGCUGUUGCAGUUCUUUCCUAACAGGAGCACCAGCCUGGGGAAACACAUAGAGAUCUAUUUUACUGGGGGGGAAGUGACUAACAUUUUGGCACCCCAGUGAAAUAGCCUUUACAUGUCUUUAAGGUGGUUGUAACUGACCUCAACAGAAGGACACUGUCUUUGUUGUACACCACUUAAAAAAAAAUGUAAAAAAAAAAAAACAUUGCUAUGAUAUACUGUGGGCUUCACAUUAUAUACUGUGUAUGAUAAGCGAGGGGCAGACUGAUAUUCAAUUAGUUGUGAACUUACCUUUUGUGUUUUCCUGAUACAAACACAUCAUCGACAACCUGUUUUAUUUAGCAAAUUAGGGUAGCCCUUUUUUUAAUUUGUACCUCCAAAUUCCAACAUCCCACAAACAGCUAAAAGCUUUUGGUUGUGAAUGCAAUUGUAGUUGAACAAUAUACUGAAGGCACAAGCAACCAAAUGCUAAUACAGACAAAAUGCAGGGCACAUGGGCUAAACUGUUAGAUUAUAAAUCUGCAGUGCAAUUUCUUGUUUUAGUAGGCAGGGAUUACAAUAACUGCUUCUCAACACACCUUUUAGAAAGUUUUAAUUGAUGCGGUAUUGUAAAAAAAAAAAGGAGGAUAGUUUUUUUAGAAAAUGAAGGACUUUUUUUUCUUGAGAAAGUGUAACUGUCUUUUUGUAUAAUAAAAACCUAUGUCAUUUA